AGUGAGGGGGGUUGCAGGUGCUAUAUUUGUUGCUGAACAUACCAGUUUCCUAUCUGGGUUUAGAUAACCCUGGGAACAAGAAGUACUUAUGACUGUAGUAUCUCAUAACCAGUUUUAGCUGUGCUUUCAGCAAAAUUAUCUGGAAAAAACUUGGUACAAAAUUUUCUUUUCAGCCUUUUCUAGGUCCCUUGAUCUCAGAGCAGUUUGUGCAAUUCAUUCAAGUUUUUCCUGUGUGAGACUCAACUUCCUGGGUAACAGAAGUGGGAAUAUGUUCUUAGUUCAGGAUUCACUUAUUUGCCUUUGAGCAAUGUGAAUUGUUAGGAGAAUUUUUAUGUAGUGAUUAUUAAAAGUUCACUAUCCACCUUUGGUUUCCUCAGCCUUUUUGUUAGGGGUUGCAGUUUUUCUCAUGUUCAGCAAUGCUUUUGUGUGCUUAACUUCAUCAAGUAAGAAAUUCCUAACAUGCCUAGCAAAGCAGUUAAGCACACUUGAGCACGUCUUUUAAAAAACAGCCUGGUGCUUUACUCUGAAAAGCUAAUGCCAACACUUCCUCUGUCCGGGCCAUGAGGAAGUGCCCGUGGACUUCUAUGGAAGUAGGAUGUGCCCUCUCAUCACUGCCAGCUUGCUUGCUCUGCCUGAGGUUUUCCCAGGAAGAGCCAUCUGCUGCGUGUAAUGAAAUAGUCUCUCUUAAAAGUCAAACCGUUCUGUGAUCAGUCUCGCUAUGCUAAGGUCACACUAGCAAAACAACGCUGAAGCUUUCAGCUAGCUGCUCAGCUCUGAAACAACAUGCAUAAAAUAAAUGGCUUUUGUCUUGUUACACAGAGUCAAACCAGAGACCUGGCCCGCCUCUAGAACUUCAAGAAAGACCGCUCAUGGGUACACAGAGCAAGAUCUGCACUUCAUUAAACAGUACCAGGAAGCAGUUUGACAGCUAGAAUGACCUGCGGUUCAGCUUUUGUUGAACUGGAAUCAGAGACAAAAACUGAAACUUCCUCACAAUUUGUUGUUGACCUAAAUGACAAUGUGGAGACUUCAGGCUAAAAUGAGCAGAACGAAAAACAUUUUGCACAACACAAGAAUUACCGGUAUGAGAAUGACCCCGUGUUGACUUCACCAGAUUCCAACUCUUCAAGAAUCGGUGGUUUACUGCUUGAGAAGCUCAGAAAAGCAGAAGUAUUGUCCCCAUUUGAGAAAUCCCACAGACACUUGCCUAACACAGAAGACAACAUGGAUGUAAAACAUACAUUUAAAACCCAGGAAGAUAUUUCCUGCCUAAGGGAUUUGUCAGAGAAUGAUGUAAUUCACUUUAACAGUAUGGUCAGCGUCACUGCUGGAAAAGCAGAGACGUGCUGCAGCAGACACAUGCAUUCCUGCCCUACAAAUGUAAUCGUGUAUCAUACAGACAACUGUUCCCUUAACACGGAAGACGCUGUAUCGGGUCAGUCUCUGGCAGAUGUCCAGACAUGCGAAAAUCCUGGGCUCGGUAGACCUCUAACCACGAAUACCCGGUUCAGUGAGCAGGCAGAUACUCCCGUAGUAAAUCACAAUUGUUUUGUAAAAGGUGAUUCUGAAAAUUCUGCCGCUAUUGUGGAGAUUUAUGCUGAGAAAAUUCCAAGUGUAAGUCACGACUUUUCUGACGAUGUCCUAGAAUAUUUUGAAUGUUCAGAUGUGCUGACAAUGCAUGAAAAUGAAAUUUGGAAAAAGAAAUUACAAUUUUUAUUGGAAAGUGAUGAUGAAGAUGAUUUAAAACUGGGUAAGGAUUGUGAUGGGUGUGCUUACUUCCUCAGUGCAAUGCCUUGUCUGUCCCAAGUGUCAGAUAACGCUACGCCUAUGGAUGCCACCAUUGGCUUCUGUGGUCAUCACUCAAAAUUCGAAGGAGUAAAUGUAAGGAGAGACCCCUCUAUGUACAGCCAGUCAACUUUGCAGACGGAGAUGACUCUCGCUGUUGGACACCACCGAGAUGAAAGCACCACUUUGAAAGACAAAGAAAAGAACAAAGUGCCUGUUGCAGCUGCAGCCAUUGAAAAUGACCAUCCCAGAACUGAAGAAGGAAAGAGUGGCAGUGGCCACUCAGCUGCAGGUUUCUCAACUGACAAAUCAAAGAACAAGGAUAAUACAUGUGCCAAGGCGGACUCCUCUGCUGGUGGCAUAGGUGCUUCUUUGACAAAUCAGGCUUCAGAGACAAUGACAGAAAACAGUAAGGACAGGGACUUGCUCGGUGAAAUCUCAUUGCUCCAAGAGGAGGGGAAAGGAAAUUUGCCGGAGGAAAACUCAGGGCAUGCUGUCUGUACCUUAACAGAAAGUUUAAGAAGAAACCUUUUAAAGUUGUUAAACCCUAAAGAACUGUGCAGAUAUGUAAGUAACAUAGGACAAUCUCUUCAGACUGCAGCAGAGGUUGGGGAAUCCACUGCUCCAUUGCCCAGUCAGGAAGGUGUCAUUUCAACACAAGUCCCCGAGGAGACAGAAGGCUCGCAAAUGCAGGCUGGUUUGUGUCAUACGGAAGAGGCAGAUAAAGACUGUCACUGGGGAAGGAAAAGGACUUGGGGCCUGUCUGAGCACAAUCAGAUGCCAGAUGAAAACGUCUCACCCAGGGAUCAAGGGGCUAGCCGUAAAGUCUUUACCCAGAGUCAUGAGAGACUAUGUAUGGAGCCCGAAAAAGAAAAGGAAGGCAUCUUCAUGACUUGUGCGAGUGCAGGAACCAUCCUUCCAGCUUUGGAAAUGCUCUGUGCUGAAAAGACAUUACAAGAUAAAAAUGCAAAUCUGCAGACCUAUUCUCAACACCAUGUUCCCUGUGAUAAGAGAGAAACUCGUCACCAACAGGUCAUCUGGGAGCAAGGAAAUAAUAUUAUUGUUAAUGGCAACAAAUCAAAGAAUGACAUUUCAUCUUUUUCUUUAUGGGAUACAGACGCUGUUCCUGAUAAACAAGAAUGUUUAUGUGCUGUUCUCUCCUCUGCAAAGCUGUGUGAUGAGCCAACGGAAGGAGAGCACAGCUAUAGUUUUGACUUGCACCAUAGCAAUGACAGAGAUUUUCUCUGCCAUCCGUCAUGUGGUGAAUCUCUGCUUGAAGCUGAUCCCAAGUUAGUCCUGGAAUCCGAAAGCCCUGAGUGCAAAGGAGAUGCUGAUAUAUCUGCAGUGCAUGACAAGAUGUGGAAACUUCUUCAUGAAGAUGACUCAGGCUAUCAAAUCCCAUUUGAAAACCGGGGGAUCACCAGUUUAGAAAUUAGGCCACCAGAUAUCCAAGUCACAGAACUGAACCUUGUACAGGAGACCUCUUCUGAUCAUCCUUUGCCAACAAAUUUGAUAGAAAUGCAGGAGCCUAUUACACAACCAGCGAGCAGACCAAGAACAGAAAAGGAAGACUGCAGUGUUUGUAAUAUCCUACUUAAAACAGAUGGAGCAUGUGACGGUGCAUCCAUAGGAAACAUUUGUCUUACACAAGUGGUAGAAACAGAUGGUGUAUGUCUAGAUUCUAGCACUGGAAAUGAAACGGAAACACCAUCCAUUUGUGUUUCAGCAAAUAGUAUCAUCUUAAAUACAGGGGAGUACUUGGAGCAGAAGCCAAAGCAAAUGUUAACUGACGGUAAUGGAUCCGUUCAAAUGGCUGUUGCUCGGGAAGGAAAGCUUCCCGUUGGUAAUGCUUCCCAAACAUGCGGUGCACGUUCUCCUCAGAGGUUAAAAAAUGCUCAGAGUGGUGAUUUAGCAUGUGACAAAGAAAACCCAGCUUACAUGUCAGAUAAGUCGCACGGGACAAUCGGGCAAUUACUUCAUCCUGAGCACAACAAAUCCUUGAUAAAUGAGUCUGUGACUGGUCAAGGGUGUCCCUUUAGAGACUGUUAUCCAGCAAGAAAAGAACCAGCUGGUUGCCCGGAAGAGAAAGGCAUUUUCCCCAAUGAAAAUACGAAUCAGUUUACACAUGAAGAACACUCUUCUGUUAACACCAUAUAUAAAAGUUAUGAAGAGAAUUUACAAGAAAGAGGAAAUCGCUCAGGCUUGAAUGCACAAAAUGACACUAAUUCUCACAGCUGUCAUCUUUCAAAAAGUAGUGACUGUCAAGAUUUUCAAGUUGUUUCUAAUACACAGAAAUAUGGUUACAUAACAGAAUUGGCUCAUGUAAUGAAGACUCCUGAAACCAAACCAUGUAACAAUCUACCCCAUAAUACAGGCCAACUGACAGAAAUAGGGAAUGAAGAAGUGGCAUUCACUCCCCUUUCUGGGGAUCCAUUUUUACGAGAUUUUUAUGUAGAAGUGCCUAGACGUGAACCAUGUAAAGCAGGAGAAGAACAGAGAGAGAUUUGCCAAGGUGAUGAACAGAGGGCUGAAACUUCCUGUGACUCGGGACUUAGUCAUGUUUCAGAGAGGCAGACUGUGGUUUCCCCUCAGAAUACAUCAGAACAACGUGUGAUUCUUGUGGACAGCACCUUCAAGUCUGAUGAAGAGUUAGGAAAAGAUUCUUCAAAAAAUCACACCUACACAUCUGGAAGUGUAACAUCAGUUAGUCCCCCACUGCCUGGAGAGGCUCCAAGUGAGAACCAGAGCAUAGCAAACAAGGAUGAUGGAGAUACCGGUAACCAGUUAGGUAUCCAGCAGCUGCCAGUGAGAGAAUCAAGGCCGUCCUUCACCCCUGUGAGGCAGGCAGAGGGCCUGCUUGCCACUGGAUCCGCAGGGGGCUGUCCUGGCGCGGGAGCUCAAGCCAAAACUGAACCCACACAAACUGCCGUCAGAGGAGAUGAAAAUUUGAGUACGCUGGAACCGUUCUGCAAAGCGUUGCAGGAUCAGUUCCAUAGGGUACCUGAAGAAAACAAAGGGGAAGCAGUAUUGUGUGCAAAUAAGCAAGAGAUUGAACAUAAACCAGAUGAAGAUGAAACGAAGUCUUCUUUGCACACUUCAGUUAGCUCCAAGGCUCAGAGAGCCUUGGAUACAGUGAACAUUGGCACUGAGCAGGCCUGUCCUGACGUGAUCUGUUCCAGCAAGCUAACUGAAGCUGUUAAUUCAGUUAAGUCUCCUGAGUAUGAUAAAGAUGAAGUCAUGACACCAGAGAGUGUAGUGAGUGGCUUAGUUAAUUUGCCCCCAGUUGAUUCAGGGAACAACCAGUAUUUCCAAGAGCAACCACCCUGCAGCAGAACUCAGCCAUUCUCCUUGGCACUGACCACGUGUCAUCCAUUCCCAGUCAAUGCGGAAAGGCUGAGGAAUCCAGAAGGGUCAAAAUCCUACCAGACGUUACCCACUGCUGCUGGGCCCGAGCCCAUCAAAUGUAAAGCAGGCACAGGGAAGAGUGGGCAUUCAGCUGCUGGAGCUAAGAAGAAAUUGCCAUCAGCAACACAGUCAAAAAAGCCUCGACUGGAGGAGAGGGGAAAUGUCAGCGAGGAUCCUGGCAGUGCUAAAAGGUCUGUGAAGAGUGAGGCAGGCAUGAUUCAUAAAGAAGACAGAAAAGAGCAAAGGAAACUCAUUUUGAAAAAGGAUAGCAAAGCUCCCAAGCUGCUGAAGAAAAUCCAAGCAGAUUUGUUCCCUGACUGCUCUGGAAACAUUAAGCUGUGCUGUCAAUUUGGUGACAUUCAUGGUGAUUCCACCAUUACAUGGACUAAAGAUUCCAAGUUACUAUCUCGCGUGCAGAGAAGUGCCCAGGAUGACUCUCCCGUCUCUUUGACAAUAGCUAAAGCCACUAACAAAGACCAGGGAAUGUAUUACUGCUGCUUGAAUAACGUGUAUGGAAAGGUGACUGCUGAGUUUAAUCUGACUUCUGAAGUAUUGGAACAUCUCUCGAGUUUUCAGAAUUGUGAAGGUGCGGAAGAAAUUGAGUUCAUGCAGCUCGUGUUCAGAGAAGAUUUAAUCAGUGACAGCUAUUUUGGUGGGAACCUGCAUGGCACAAUAGCUACAGAAGAGCUUCACUUUGGUGAAGGCAUGCACCGGAGAGCCUUCCGCAGCAGAGUGCUGCGAGGCCUCGUGCCGAUGUUCCUUCCUGGCCAUCCCUGCGUGCUCAAAGUGCACAACGCCAUCACCUACGGGACCAAGAGCAGGGAUGAUCUAGUGCAAAAGAACUACAGACUCGCACUGCAGGAAUGCUAUGUCCAGACUACUGCAAGAGAGUAUGCGAAGAUGUACGCAGCUGAAGCUGAACACUUGGAAGGCUUUGGGGAAGUACCAGAGAUCAUUCCUAUUUUUCUUGUUCAUCGCCCUGCUAAUAACAUCCCCUAUGCGACAGUGGAGGAGGAGCUGGUUGGGGAGUUUGUGAAAUACUCUGUCAGAGAUGGCAAGGAAGUAAAUUUCCUGAGAAGAGACUCGGAGGCUGGCCAGAAGUGCUGCACCUUCCAGCACUGGGUGUAUGAGAGGACCAGUGGGAGUUUGCUGGUCACUGACCUGCAAGGUGUAGGAAUGAAGUUAACUGAUGUUGGCAUAGCAACGCAGGCCAAAGGAUACAAAGGUUUUAAAGGCAAUUGCUCGAUUUCCUUCAUUGAGCAGUUCAGAGCCCUCCACCAGUGCAAUAAGUACUGUGAGAUGCUGGGGCUGAAAUCUCUGCGAACCACUCAUCAAAAACAGAGGAAAACAACAUCCAUGAAAAGCAAAAAUCUGUCAAACUCAUCGACUAUAAAGAAAACAGCGCCCAAGAAAGCAAGAGAACCUAGAGACUUCCUUUCUUCAGAGCACCGAGUUGAACUGUCCCAUCUCGCGAAAGCUCCUCUCGAAGAUACGUGCUAAUGAUAGGCACCAACUUCAGAGCUUUGCCUUAUGACAUUAUUCUGGAGUCAUCCUGAUGCAGAUGCCAACAACAAAGCAAGCGGCUGAUUCUGUGGUCUGGGUACCUGAGAUUUAAGGGCAGGGCAAGGUUUUGAAGGCAAACUAAGCCAUCAGCCCGGGUUAUCAUACAGCCCUUCUGUGUAUUGGUAUCUGCGCGCGUCUUGUAUGUUCAAGUGCACCGCACACCGCUGGAGAACAUCUGCCUUUCUUUGUGUCUGUGGCCCUGUGGGUUAAGCUGCUACAUGAAUAUCGAUACAUUUAAGAAGCCACUUAGCACAAGUUUUGCACAGUAGUGUUACUCUGGCUGCUGUAGAAAAAUGUUUUUCUUUCACAGACUUUUGCAUAUUGUAAUCCCACUAUAAUCCUAUUCUUGUAUUUUUUUUUUCCACUUACAUGUCUUUUAAUACAAGACAAAAACAUUCA